AUGGUUGCGCGCAUUAAAAAAAUAAUGCAAGCUGACGAAGAUGUGGGCAAGAUAGCCUUGGCGGUGCCUGUCCUAGUUUCAAAAGCUUUGGAAUUAUUCUUACAAGACCUUUGUGAUCAUACAUAUGAGAUUACCCUUCAAAGAGGAGCCAAGACUGUGAGCUCCGUGCACUUAAAAAACUGUGUCGAAAGAUACAACGUGUUUGAUUUUCUGAGGGAAGUUGUCAGCAAAGUGCCUGACUAUGGCCAUGGGCAUGGUCACGGUCACGGCCAGGCUGAUGUAACCAUGGAAGAUCGCACUAUCUCCAAGAGAAGGAAGCCUACGGGUGAUGAAGUUAAUGACAGCGAUGAGGAAGUGAAGAAAACCAAAGUGCAGGAGAUGGGGCAAGCGGGAACCAGUGGAAGAGGUAGAGGCAGAGGGCGUGGAAGGGGACGAGGACGAAGUGCUAGAACAGCGGAAAAAGAGCUUCUUAACCGCGAGAUGGAAAUAGAGCCAACCAUAAUGUUAGCACAACCACGUACUCAAGACGGUAUCACGAUGCCUGCUCCACCACAGCAACCGCCACUGCAAGACGUGGAGAAGAAGGAUGUAGUAGAUGACAGGUCUAACCACACAAAGCAAGAGCUGCAAAGUCCAAAAGAAGGCAGCGAAACAAACUCAGGGUUUGGUCGGGGUUUUGAUCUGAACACACAGUCGCUCGACGUGGAGAUAAAGCCGCCGGUAGGCACAGCGUCGAGAGAGACGAAACCAGACGAAUAUCCUGGUUGGUCCAUCUCGGAAAUGGGCAAUAUCGAUCCAAUGCAGCUUGCUAGUAUGGGUAAGAGGUUAGACGAAGACGAGGAAGAUUAUGACGAGGAGGAAGGUUGA